AUGCCCACCCCCGCCUCUGCCGCGCCCGCCCCACCGCCGCCGCCGCUUACCGCGUUCAUCUCCGGGCCCAUAACGCCACCCGCGCACUUCUUCGAAACCCACUACCUCCCCUUUCUCCAGCUCGCAGUCUCUCAAUCCCACAACUUCAUCAUGGGCCCGGCGGCGGGUAUCGACACACUGUGUCUAUCCCACCUCCUCUCCGCUCCCAUCUCGGCGUGCCGGAUCACCGUGUACCUCGCCGACUUCGAGAACCACACACUGCGGUCCUCAUACGCGGCGUUCGAGGCCGCCGGCGGGAAGAUCAAGGUUGAGGGCGCGACCACGGGCGCGAGGGAUGCCGCGAUGACGAGGGACUCGGAUUAUGAUAUCUUAAGGUAUUUGAACGAGCACGAGGCCAGGGAGUACUAUGGAGAGGCGUACACGCCUAGGAUUAGUAAUACGCAGAAGAAUGAACGUAGGAGGAGGGGAGAGCCACUGCAUUAUAACCCGGCGUUUGAGACGGAGGUGGUGAUCGGUAGCGGUGACGAUGAAGAUGGUGUUUCUCCCAUCAGACGGCGAUUCGUGCCCAUAUUUGGUGAGCCUGACGCCUAA